AUGGAAACGGUGACUGGAGAACUGACAACAUCCAACCUACAGACAUUCACUGACGAAACAGAAACUGUUACUCUAACUAGUCCUACCUCAUCUUUGCCAUCUACACCUUACACCACAAACACCCAACUUACGACAGUGAAUGCAUCUGUGCCAUCUUCAACAGAUGAAACUACAGCAGAGGGAGUGACGUUGCCAUUGGAAACGGUAACUGGAGAACUGACAACAUCCAACCUACAGACAUUCACUGACGAAACAGAAACUGUUACUCUAACUAGUCCUACCUCAUCUUUGUCAUCAACACCUUACACCACAAACACCCAACUUACGACAGUGAAUGCAUCUGUGCCAUCUUCAACAGUUGAAACUGCAUCAGAAGGAGUGACAUUUCCAUUAGAAACAGUAACCGACGGUUUAUCAACACCGCAAAUGCAGUCAACAGUUGCAAAUGUUAUGCGUACGACAUUCCCUCCAGAUGUCUCCCAACAUACCCAAAGCACCACCAUGUCUUCUUCUCAAAGAAAUUUUGUCGAAACGACAUAUUCUGAACUGCCAGAUAUUUCUGCAGACUUCACAACAGUGGCACAAUCAACACCAAGAACCUCCGCAACCAGUCUGGCCACUUCUCUAAAUACGGAUAAUGAAACUGUUUCAGAAGUGACAGUAGUGACUGAUAUUAUCGCUACACAGACAACAGUUAUUGGUGAAAGGACACCUGGAUUGCAGACGACCACAUCUUCACCUGCUUCGGCUACACCAGAAAUCAUAUUCCCUGAGACCACUAUGACCGUCCGUACCACCCCUGAGGAAAAACCAUCAAGAGCUACCACUUCUUCGACGGAAGACCUCUCCACAGCUGCUGGGAGCACUAACCAAACGACAGCGCCAUCAAAAACUUCACCUACCGUCAAAGCCAUGUACAUUAUCGGGGGCAUCGGUGGUGUUUGUGGGUUAGUCCUCAUCGUUUUGGGCGUGGUCUGGCUAAUCAUCAUCUAUCGUCGAAGACAGUCCUACACAUUCGAUAACGACAUAGAACUCGAACUUAACCCAUCUGACCCCAAUGCCUGUUACAUUCACGACGAGGAUGUCGAUGUCCUCAAUGACUCUGGGGGGAGAGUUGGUCUCAAUCCUCUAAACUCUCCGUUUGCUUUUCAGGAUGCGGCAGGAAUAAGGCCUAUCGAAAGGCUGAUCUGA